AUGUCCUCAACCCAAGCUGCACUGGUAGAAAAGAUGAGAAACAUAACAGAAUUCAUCCUGCUGGGCCUGACUCAGAAUCCAGAACUGCAGAAACUCUUAUUUCCUGUGUUUUUAAUCACCUACUUGAUCACGCUGGCAGGCAACCUGCUCAUCUCAGUCACCAUCUUCAUCAGCCCAGCCCUGGGCUCUCCCAUGUACUUUUUUCUCUCCUGUUUGUCCAUUAUGGAUGGUUUCUACUCUUCCUCCAUAGCUCCCAAAAUGAUCUUUGACUUGCUCUCUGAGAAGAACACCAUAUCCUUCAAUGGCUGCAUGACUCAGGUCUUUGCUGAACAUUUUUUUGGAGCAGUUGAGAUUAUCUUGUUAAUUGCAAUGGCCUUUGAUCGGUAUGUGGCUAUCUGUAAACCUUUACACUACACAACCAUCAUGAACAGGCCUCUAUGUAGUUUCCUGAUGGGGAUGGCUGGGAUUCUGGGGUUUGUUCAUGGAGGGAUCCAGCUUUUAUUCAUGGUUCAGUUACCAUUUUGUGGCCCCAAUGUCAUUGACCAUUUUAUGUGUGAUUUAAUACCUCUCCUGGAGCUGGCCUGCACAGACACUCACACUUUGGGACCCUUGAUCGCUGCCAAUAGUGGGUCACUAUGUUUGCUCACUUUCUCUAUGCUGGUGGCUUCCUAUAUCAUCAUCCUGCACUCCCUGAGAACGUACAGCUCUGAAGGGCGCCGCAAAGCCCUAUCUACAUGUGCUUCUCAUGUCACUGUUGUGAUCUUAUUCUUUGUACCUUGUUCCUUCCUGUACCUAAGACCCAUGACCUCCUUCCCUGCUGACAAAGCAGUGACUGUAUUUUGCACCCUCAUAACUCCUAUGUUGAACCCUUUAAUCUACACUCUGAGAAAUGCAGAAGUGAAAAAUGUUAUGAAGAAGCUCUGGGAUCAAAUAAUGAAAACCAAAGAUAAAUAG